GCCAAACAGACGGAGGACAGAUGUCCUGACCAUGAAGGUGUGGGUCUACUUCGAGGACUCCUGUGAGCCUUUUGACGUCCCUUCAGAUCUUUCUGUGAGGGCCAUGAAGCGGAUGGUGAAGGAAAACUUUCUUGUGCCGCUCUGUGAUGACAAGCAUUUUCGACAAUACCUGGAGCUGAGUCACGGUGGUGCUGCACUGGCCGACAGCUGGGCUCUGUGUGACGUCGGCAUCACCAGUGGCAGUGCCGUACGAUGCCUGAUAAAGACUGAGCAAAGGCCUGUGAUGCAUGUGUUCAAUGCUGUGACUGGGGACACCUUAGCCAUCACAGGCAGUGAGGCUCUUCUGCACACAUCCGUUGCUCAAUUGAAAUCAAUGGUGUCCACACAGAGUAGCCUUCCUGUCAGCGCCUUCAGACUGAGCACACUUAAUGACGUGCAGCUCUACAACUGCAACCGACUGCAGGACUAUGCCAUUACAAUGGGUACUACAGUCCAUUUGGACACAUGGGAUGGGUGGGUGGACUUUCUCAGAGGUUGUCUCCUGGGUCACAGAUUGACAGUCCAGACCCACCUAUCUGAAGAAAGGCUGGUGAGGAGGUUUCAGCUGCGGGUGGCGCUGUACAUUGCUGCCACUCUAGGUCACCUGGACAUGGCAGGCUGGCUGCUGGAGAGGGGGGCCCAUGCUGGAGAACCUGUGGGAGUCCAUCCUUACCGCCAGUGGUGUCAUAAAACUGCCCACCGAGAUGCUGCAAAGUGUCCCAUCCAUGCAGCUGUGGAAAACAGUCAGCUCCUCAUCCUCAAACUCUUUGUUACCAGGAACAUUUUGUCUUUGGUUUGUCAAAAUCCUGAUGGCCGUAACCCUUUGAAAAUUGCCAUUCAGCACGGCCACAGGGAUUGUGUGCGUUACUUAGCCAACAAGCUGUGCUCAGUGGUAUCUCUGCCAAAUAUGUCCCUUCCCAUGCAUAUAUACCUCCAGAUGAAACACUGGGUUAGACUGGGACAGAGAAGAGCAGCCACCAAUCAAUCCCAAUACACCACUGGUGCUCCAUUCAAAGCCAGGGUGGGAGACAUGUUGCUGGUCGAUGGCUUCAACCAGCCACAGAUGUCUUAUAAAUCCAGGAAAGCCAUGACCACACUAAAAAGAGACCAAUCCAGACCAAUCCAGACCAAGACUGUGCAACUCUUACCGCCCAUUAGAAACCUUUGUUCAGUAUCACUCUCUAAAAAGGCACAACCCCAGCUACCCAGCAUGCAGUCAGUGAACCCUGGUGAUCUUAAAACGACACAGAACAGGUGGAAGAGUGAUGACAAAAGGGGCAGGUUUCCACUCCUGUCAGUUAACAGAGAGAGAGUGCAAAAGAAGGUGUUUGCAGAGCCACCACCAAAAUUUUCCAAUAUUCUGACUGCAUCUCUGGAGAAGCUCUCUCAGCAGUGUGACCGAACACCAAGAGAAAAUGCCAUGUACUACCUAGGCAUAGCCAGUACCUUCAAAGAAAAACCUUGGUCGAAACAGCUGAGCAUUGCACGGACUUUGGCAAGGAGGCACCUCCAUCCCAUGGCCUGAUAUUCGUAGUUCUCAUCAAUAUGGACAAGUCUUAUCCUGAUCCAUCAGCUCCCAAACACAAUGUGGACAUGAAAAAUUCUUCAGGGUGACAACUGAGGAGUGUCUCUCAGGCUUACGUUGUCAUUAAAGAUUAAACCUAUGUCUUUAAGAUCUUCUAUCAUUACUCUCCACAGAAAAACAACAUGCA